AUGUCGACUACAAUUCUUCCAGAUAUUUACCGUCAUUUUGCAAGAAAAAGUACUGUUUCACGAAAUGUUAAAAUUUCACCGAAAAAUGUGCCUCUAUGUAAUUCCACGUUCACUCUUGAUAGUAAUUCUCAAGUGACAUCAUUAGCUUUUAAUCGAGUAUGCAGUGAAGUAAAAUUAGGCAGCGAUGUUCAACAAAAACAAACAUUUCUUAUGUUACCUGAUAAUGAAACGGAAGAAAUGAUUGUUGAACAAACAAACCAAGAAAUUAUUAGCGAUAUAAUUGAACAGAUUCAACAACAGAUUCCUGAUGAUUUUACAGAUCAAAAAAGAACUUCAAAUAAAAGACGAAGUAUUUCAAUAGAUAUUCAAACUGUAACUGAUUCAAUUCUCAAUCGUUUGGAUGUUAAUGAUAAUGAAUCUUCGUCAACUACAGAUAAUAAUCAAAUGAAUGAUGACGCAAAUGGAAGUUUAAAUGAAGAUUCUUCGAUAUUUUCACAAUCGCAUACGGAUGAAGAUACCAGAGAAAUGGAAAAAUCAGCAUCUGAUAUUCAUCCAUCAUUAUGUGCAUGUCAGUGCCAUCAGAAAACAUCAGAUUCUGCCAUAGUAACUACUGAAGACGAUUAUUUUCAAUUUGAACAAGCUCUUCAACAAAGUCGCGAGGAAGAAGAACAAAAAAAUUCAAUAAAUAAUAAUCGUCUCUUACAAACAUUAAAACGUCAACAUCAAGAACUACUAAAUUUUUAUCAAAAACAAUUAAAUACAAAUAAAGUUGAUCGAGAACAACAAACAGUUCAAAUCAAUCAGCAUGAUUCACAAGUACAAACUGAUUUGACAACAAAUCAACAACAAAUUCCUAAACCCAAUGUUGCCUUUCAAUUUAAUGGAACAACUCCAUUGGUGCCUGCGAGAAUGUUAUCUACACCAAUUAUGCGUCCUUAUUCCAGUUUUAUUACUCCGAUUCGAACAACAGGUCCUUCGCUACAACAAUUAAUACCUUGUUUAUCAACUAUUGGCCUAGCAACAGGAAUGACAUUAACAAAUAAAAAGGUAAUAACAAACACAAUAAUUCAUACUCAACCUCCACCACUUCUGACAAAAUCACAUGAUAUUGUCGAUUUAACAGAAGAAGAAGAAGAUUAUUCAAAUAGAUUAUCAAAAGAAAAAACUCCAUCUACAAGAUCAGAGCACAGUGCAACACCACCAUCAACAGCUGCGUCUGCUCGUACUCGUAUAGAACCAACAAUUCGUCCGACUAAUUCUCUUGUACUUAGCCAGACAUUUCUUCCUCGUCCAUUAGCUGAACAUAAUCCAUGCGAUUAUAGUAUUGCUCGACCUCAAUUGAGUAUUGCACACGAUAAUACAACAUUGCGAUUAACUUGGAAUUUAGCAGCAACACCAAUGGAAUCAAUACAAAACUAUGAAAUCUAUGCAUAUAAACAAAAUGCAACCACAUUAUCGUCGGGCUGGAAAAAAAUCGGAUCAGUGAACUCAAUGCGUUUACCAAUGGUAGUAACUCUAAAAGAAUUUCAAUGCAAUUGUCAUUAUGCAUUUGCUGUUCGAGGAGUAUCAAUUAAUAAUACUAUUGGCCCUUUUUGUGAACCAAAAACAGUCUUUACAGGAAAUACACCAUUUGGCCCUCUUAAUACCAAUCAACUACUUAAUGUAACAUUGUAA